CAAAAUUGAAAACCCCUAGGAACAGAAACAAGACUGCGGAGGAAUGCAUAGAAAUAUUAAAGUUAAAAAUGGUUGUAUUUGUGUGCUGGAAUUGCAGUGCUGUGUUCUUAUUUUUGCACUUUAGGGGAUUUAAAAUAUAGUGAACAUGGUUUAUUUUCAAAGUGGAAAACACUUGUAUGUUUGGGUUUUUUAAAAAGACACUUACCAAUUUAAGUCACUACUAUAUCCAGGUCGUUAUAAUUAUAAAGUCUUCAGAUAUCUCACGGUUGUUUUUCUUUCUUUUUUUCCUCAUAAGGCAUUCACCCACAGAAGUGCAUGAGGGUGGGGCACCAGAUCACAUUUUGCAGAACUCUAAUGCAAUAUCACAACCAGAAUAUGGACGUUGGUAAUUUGACUAGAUUGCGCAAAGAAAGAAUCGAUCACUGGAAGCAAAAGCUUUCUGUUCACCACAGGUGAACAGCUCUUUCCACCAGAAAGGAUAAACAUGAUUUUCCACCUGGGCUCCCCAGCUGGCUCCUGGUACUUGGUGUGAUGGAGAGUUACCGUGGUUAUGCAUGAACGUUGGGUUACAAGCACCCUGGCAUCAGAACCUCUGUUAAACAUUUCUGUCCACAGCACCCGAUGGUGUGCUGCACGUGGAAAAUACUUGUUGACUCAAGACUGUCUCUCUGCAGAGUGUAGUCCCUACAAGUGACAGCAUCUUGCUUUGAAAUUUUGUCUGUGAUUCCGCUACCCCUGACGAUUUGACAUAGUCAACAGGAUAUAGAGCAACACAGCAGAAGAACAGAGAGCUCCAGCACUGGAUGUGUCCUCCCGCCAUGGCCACCACCACCUCUUCUCUGCCACCCACCACCAAGGUGGCCAGUUCUGAGGACAGCAGCUCCUUCUAUGACUAUGAGUACUACCUGGACGGCGUGGCCUUCAUGCUCUGCAGGAAGGACGAGGUGCUGUCGUUUGGCAGAGUCUUUCUGCCACUCUUCUAUGGCCUGAUCUUUGUGCUGGGCCUGGGCGGGAACCUCCUUCUCUUAGUGGUCUUGCUCCGGUAUGUGCCUCGAAGGCGGAUGACCGAGAUCUAUCUGCUGAACCUGGCCAUCUCCAACCUCCUGUUUGUGGUGACGCUGCCCUUUUGGGGCAUCUCUGUGGCCUGGCAUUGGGUCUUUGGGAGUUUCUUAUGCAAGGUGGUGAGCACCCUCUACACCAUUAACUUGUACAGUGGCAUCUUCUUCAUUAGCUGCAUGAGCCUGGACAAGUACCUGGAGAUUGUUUGCACUCAGCCCCACCACCGGCGGAGGACCCGGGCCAAGAGCCUGCUCCUUGCAGCUGUCCUGUGGGCUGUGGCCCUGGCUGUCUCCAUCCCCGACAUGGUCUUUGUGAGGACGCAUGAAAAUGCCCCAGGCAUGUGGGACUGCUUUGCGGAUUUUGGGGGGCAUGGGACCAUCUGGAAGCUCUUCCUCCGCUUCCAGCAGAACCUCCUGGGGUUUCUCCUCCCCCUCCUUGCCAUGAUCUUCUUCUAUUCCCGCAUUGGCUCUGUCCUAGUCAGGCUGAGGCCCCCAGGCCAGAGCCGGGCUCUGAGGAUGGCCAUCGGCCUGGUGGUGGCCUUCUUUGUGCUGUGGUUCCCGUACAACGUCACCUUGUUUCUGCACUCGCUGCUGGACCUGCAAGUCUUUGGGGACUGCAAGGUCAGCCAGCACCUGGACUACGCACUGCAGGUGACAGAGAGCAUCGCCUUCCUCCACUGCUGCUUCACCCCCGUCCUCUAUGCGUUUUCCAGCCGCCGCUUCCGCCAGUACCUCAAGGCUUUCCUGGCCACUGUGCUCAGACUACACCAGGUUCCUUACCUUGCCCAGGCCACACCGUCCAGCUGUUCUGAGAGUAGUUGGCUCAGUGGCCAAGAAGAUAUAACUGGCAUGAAUGACCUCGGGGAGAGGCAGGCUGAGGACUCCCCCAACAAGGGGGAUGCGGGGAAAAAUUCAGCCUGAGUGGCCACACCACAGUCCAUGAGAGCAGAUGGGACCCAGCUCAGCUGCACAUCCACCAAAGUCCUCCCUUCAGAGGUCUCAGUGACCAUGUUGCUAAACCAGUCAGUUCUUGGUCCUCAGCCAUCAGCAGCGUUCGCUGUCUCCUGUCUUCUCCCUCCUCUUUCUCCACUGCCUUCCAGGACUACAUACUCACUGGCCUGAAUGGCUGCCGUAGUUGCCCAGCUGACCUCUGUGCUUCCUAUCCUCGUGCUCUCCGGUCAUCUAAUCUACACCCAGCAGCCAGAGUAACCACAACACCCUCAGCCAUCUCUUCCAUACCCCUCAGAGUAGCCCGAGGCCUGCCACCCACCGGACUGCAGCCUUCCCUGCGGCGCAGCUGGGGAAAUAUUACUGCAAGAUUGUUGACUGUCACAGCCUUGAUGGUGGAUCCAGGGUCUGGCAGUCAGGAGGGGCUGGAGGUGCUCCACACAUGGGAGUCUGCGGGUGGGAGGCAGAGUGAACACGUGUUCCUGGUGGUCCAGGAGCAUCUGCCUCCCACGCCGCCUCUCAGGAGCCUUCAGGGCUCCCUAGACCCUGCACUGUCAAGUCCAGAACAUUUGUCCAAUUUAAGGCUGGAGCUUUCACAAUUAGAAUCCCAUACACCGUUUCACCCUUGUAUUCCUUCGCCUCCCUUUUCAUUUCCUGGUUGCCACACCCAUUGUUCUUUCCUGCACGUUCCCAUCUUUGCUUUUGCGCUUUCCGGCUCCCUUAUGGAACAGGGAUCAUUUUCCAGCCAGGUAUCCCCUCACCCUUGUCGUGUAACUGAAUCCUACUUGCUCUGAGAAACCACUCUGGGGUCACUCUGCCCUGUGCUUUGGGUGGAGGUUGGGUAGAGCAUGGGUCUUUGACCAGUGAUGGCCUUAUGUUUCCCUGGCACAGUGAUUCAUUUAUGGAUGGGCACAUGACCCAGGCAGAGCUUGUGAAAUGUCACUUGACUAGAGCACGCUAGAACAGAGGCAUGAAACUGAAGCCGAGGGGAUGUGAGGUCUGGAGCUGCUCCCUCAUCGGCUCGAAGUUCAGAAGGUGAGGUGACAGCAGUGAGUGAGCAGAUCCUGGGGUCAGCGCUCGAGCCCUAGAAUCAAGGCACGGCUGAAGCUCAUCCCAAGCCUGGACUUGACGGUGACACGAACCAAUAAAUUCCUUUCCAGUUUGGGGUGGUGG